AUGGACGGGGAUGAGAACCAGGACUCGGAGUCCAGCAGCAGGACCAAAGCGGGAUCUUCCUCCGCUGGUCUGCAGAAUCAUAAAGGAAGACCCAAAAGACACUGCUGUGAUGAUUGCAAGCAAGUCUUCACCACUUCAGCAAACCUGAAGAUCCAUAGGAGAACUCACACUGGUGAUAAACCGUACAGCUGUGAUCAGUGUGGAGCGGCUUUUGGCCGACAAGGUCACCUAACGAGACACCAACGUAUUCACACUGGAGACAAGCCUUACAAAUGUGAUCAGUGUGGAGCGGCUUUUACCACAUCAAGUAGUCUAAGAGUCCACCAACGUAUUCACACUGGAGACAAGCCUUACAAAUGUGAUCAGUGUGGAGCGGCUUUUGCCCGACAAAAUACCCUAACCACACACCAACGUAUUCACACUGGAGACAAGCCAUACAGAUGUGAUCAGUGUGGAGCGGCUUUUGCCCGACAAGAUACCCUAACCACACACCAACGUAUUCACACUGGAGACAAGCCUUACAAAUGUGAUCAGUGUGGAACGGCUUUUACCACAUCAAGUAGUCUAAGAGUCCACCAACGUAUUCACACUGGAGACAAGUCAUACCAAUGCGAUCAGUGUGGACAGCUGGACAACCGGACGUCCUCCAGGUAUUUUAUCCUCUAUUUGGGUUUGGGGAUGCGGCUGCAGAGACUGCUGGGGUCACUGUUGGUUGGUUUUGAUCCUCACAGCAGAAUAAGUCACCACAUCUUCUUCCUCCUUGACCUGAAAUGA